AUGAUUCUGAAGGAUACUUCUGGGAUUGUCCAGUCUUCAAGAGUUUAUGGUAAGCUUCCUUCUGAUAACACUUAUUUAGAUUCUGAUUCAAUUUCUUCUAGAAUCUUACCAAUUCCUCCUCCAUCUCAAUCCACUAUUUCUGAACCAAUUCCAAUUCCACCACCAGAAUCAAAUCCACAAAUAUCAAAACCAAUCAUAGAAAUUCCAAAACCAAUACCUAAUCCCAUUAUAGAAACACCUGUUACAGAAAGUCCAAUAAAAACUCCUACAAUUUCUGCUCCUGUUUUAGAACAACAACAGAUACCACCACCAUUAUCUCCUUCACAGUUUCAAACUUCACCCAUCUCACCACCACCAAUUAUUUAUGCUCCCCAACCAAAUAAUCCAAAUUUUACAACACCUAGAACAUCUCAUGCAAGACGUGUUUCUGAAGGACAUGUUUCCGACGACACUCUUGAAGGAAUGUUCGACUUCGAACCAGAAAUCACUUCACCAGAAUCACCUCCCAUUAUUCAACCAUCACAUUCUUCCUUUUUGGUCCUGACUUUGAUGAGUCCAAAAUCAACCUCACCAUAA